AUGGAGAAAGACAGAGUUACCGAGAGUAUGGAUUACUCAUUCUUAAUGUCACCAGAAAAUUUCACCAUCCACGAGGGUCAGGCCCACAAGCUACAGACAGAGGUGGAUUACAUCGCCUCGUAUAAGACCAUCCUGGAUGAAUCUGGGUUAGAUGAUGCUGCAUACUGGAAUCAGAUCGCUCCUUACACGACUAAAAUGAGAACAUCAUCGUCAACUCUGAGAGUCCUCAAGCGACAAAACGGUCUCCUGGCAGACGAUCUAGCUGAAGCUGCUAUCCCCAAGAAACAACCAAGACUAUCUGAACCACCUGAUCAAAGCCUUCUCGAACGAGUAUACAAAGAUACCAUUAUGUCGCGUAUAAUGGCAUCGUCAGGCCGCCAACGUGCCGUGUGGAGCAAGAAAGACAAACAGAACUUCAAGGAGGAAGUUGAAGAGUACUACGAAGUUCGCAAGAAGUACCCUGCCCUUUCCUUUUGCAAUGUGCUUGGCGAUUUCUUUGAGCCAAAAAUGAUUAAAGCAGCUCACAUCGUUCCAAAGGCCAUGUCUCGGGCCGAGCUUGGCCAUCGUUUUGGCGACCAGGAUGCUAUACUCCAUGACUCAGGAGAUCUUGCAAUAAUUCCAAUGGCAGGAGAGACAACUUUACCCACAUCAUGGAGAUGUGUCAUGAUGAACCCGGAAAAGAGACGUAACAUCGUGCUAGGAGGAGGUGACAAGGCUAGAGACAUAUUGUUGCAGGAUCUGGACGGUAAAGAGCUUCGAUUCCUUGGUCUCAACCGGCCCCGCCGUCGCUAUCUCUACCUCCGCUUUAUAAUCUCCUAUCUCUGGAUGAAAAGAAAGAGUUGGGACGACCUCGCCAAGAACCUCGAUGAAGAGACGCGUCGUCAACUUGCCGAAAUGCUGGAAGCUCUUAAGGUUGAGGUUAGGAAGUUUUGGCCCUCGGAGGGCGAUUACCUGAACCGAUCGACCUUGAAAACGCUUGCUCGCUGUGUGUCUGGAUCUGAGAUCCCAGGAGAUCUUAUCGCAAGUAGCACUUUUGAAGAUUCUAGUGAUCCGGUCCGAAAUUGCGAGGCGGGAAUGAUAAUAGCCGCCGAUAUUGGAGAUGAGCCUCGUGGUCCGGCUAAGCUGAACUUCUGGCUGCCAUAA